GAAAGUGUUAAUCUUCUUAGGUUUGCGUGCUGUCCUUUCCCAAGUGAACUUCCCUUUUUGACUUGUGAUUAUUUUCCAUCUAUUUUUAUGUUGCGGUUGGAGUGAAGCCAAUUGACUUUUCUUGUGGUGUAUACAUUUUCUUGAAGUUACAAUGGUACUCCUCCUUCCUGCAGACUUCUAGAAAGGAAGUGACAAAUCUUAAAGGUUAUCAUAAGAAGUCAGUGAAGGAAGACUAGAAGGCUGUGUGUAUCUCUGGACUACCAUAAACCAGGUUUUAGCAAUGGACGAGCUGCAUGAAAAGUUUUGUAAACUAUUCUGGAACAUCUUCAAUAAUCCUGAAUUUGAAGGCCUCGCUCCCAGUCCAGUGAACCCAACUGCAAUUCAGUAUGCCAGCUUCCUGUUGUCUAUACUCACCUGCGUCAUUGGAUUAUUGGGCAAUGCUACGGUGAUUGCUGUUACCAUGUCCUUAAUGAAAAAUUCCAAAUCAAAAAUAUGGUUCUUGAACUUGGCGGUUGCCGAUUUCACUUUUAACCUCUUCUUGCCAUUCAACGCGGUUUCGGUACUAAAGGCAUACUGGCCCUUUGGAGAGUUUAUGUGUAAAUGCUAUCAUUUCUUUACCUUUGUGAACAUGUACGCCAGCAUUUACAUCCUCAUUGCGCUCAACAUCGAUCGUGCUUUGAGCAUCGCCAAACCAAUAUGGCACAUGAAGUUCCUUUCCAAGAAGAUUUGUUACUCUGUCUGCACCCUCAUUUGGCUAACGGCGACCAUGUCCAGCAUUCCUGCAUUUGUUCACAGUAAUGAAUAUGAACACGGUGAAAGCGAACAAAGUAUACAAUGCACACUACUCUCCCAUGACCUCAGCAAUAUAGCUUAUAUCCAUAGUGAACUGAACGUCAGUGCAAAAGAAAUCAUGAAGAAUCUGUCACCAGAACAUUGUAACGCUGUAGGAAAUGAAGGCCAUGACCUUAUGUUGAAUAGCAUGUCUUCCUUAACAACUGGUCUUUUAGUUUCUCUGUUUGUGAUCGGCUAUUUCAUUCCACUCUGCAUUAUCCUUUUCACUAAUCUAGUUAUUGCUAUUAAGGUAAAAAAUUCUCAGUCGGGACCAUCGUCCAGACUGUACCGAGUGGUCAUUGUGACGAUCAUGGCGUUCUUCUGUUCACGGACGCCGCUGGUCUUAGCGCAGAUCAUUUUCCUGGCUUCUUCUUACACUGCGGAGUUUACACUGAUGUACAAAACUAUUAUGUAUUUUCCGUUUCUCUCCAGCAUAGCCGCUAUCAACAGCUGCUUAAAUCCCAUUAUCUAUGUGCUGAUUGGCAAUCAAGUAAGAAACCUAAUAUGUAGUAUGCUGAAAAAAAUGUGAUAAAAUGAAGGAAGGUUAUAGUAACUACUACUGCUUCUCAGAUCAUUUACAAAUAUUUGGUCUGUUUAAUGCUGCUUGUGGUAUUUUUUCGAAAUGAAAAAAUAAAAUAAGAAAUAUUCUCCUGGGAAGAACAUCUAUAUAAACUCAAACUACAAACCUCUCCUAUUUGGUUUCUUUUAGCCCGUUAAAUAUACCAUUGAAAGGGUUUUGUUAAAUCUGUUU